AGAUAAGGGUUUUUUUCCUUCGUAGUAAUUAGUGGAGAACAAUUUAGGGUGAAGGAGGGGGAUAAAGGGACGUAUUCAUCACCCUUGGCACUAAUUUAUCUCGUGUUGCAGUGAUUUCUACUCGACUUCUUCAACAGCAAACUUGGAAGGACUGGAACUCUAGACCUAAAGAAGAUUAAACUGAGUGCUAUGGGGAGAUCCAAUCAGCACAAAGAGGGAUAUGGAAACAUUGUUGAACUAUCCCAGGAUAAUUGCUUGGAGGGCACUUCAGCGAGGACAAGACCUUUUAGUUUUGAUGAGAUAUUGCUUAGAAGAAAAAACAAGGAAGAGAUUGCUGAGAAAGUUAAAGAUGAUCCAGGGGGAAUGGAUAGUGCAUUAGCAAAAAAGAAUAUUGAGAAGGCUUCUGAAAAUUCAGAAUUGUGUAGGCACAGGCAUGAGGAUGCUUUAUCCAGUGGUUUGAAAAAUGCUUUAAAUGAUCCACAAAAUAUAAGUUCUCGAGAAAGGGAGAUUAAAGAAGAGAACUUAUUCAUGGAUAAAGAUAAGGAAAACCCAAAAUCAAAAUCUAAAGUGGUAAAAAAUAUAAGCAGGAAAACUGAGAGACAUUCUCACGGAAAAGGAAAAAAGGAUGGUUGGUCAAUUGGCGAUAAUGAAAAUGAAUCUGAUAAGAUGCGAUCGAGAAAUUCGGUCAGGAAGGACAGAUUAGCUGAAAGAAUUGAAGGAAAAUCAGAAAAAGAUAGAGAGCGUGAACGUCAAGUUAACAUCGAGGAUAGACAGGUCCAAUUCAAUAGAAAACAUGACUAUCGUAUGAGCAAUGAUUCUGAGAAUGAACCUGUGAAAAGACAUGGAAGAGAUAUGAUGGGACCUGAUAUAUAUGCUGACAGAAGUAGAGGAAAAUUUGAAAAUGAAAAUAAAAGCAAAAGGAAACACCGUAAUGAAGAUGAAGAUAAACUUAGAGACACUGGUAGAGAACAUCAUCUGGAAAGAAAAUACAAGGAUGCAACACGAAUCCACCAUGAAGAGUCAAGGCCAAAAAGGAGACGGUCGCGGAGUGUAGAGCGUGGCAUAGGAAGAGGCAGAAGGUCUCCUUCGCAUUCACCUAAGACACAUAAGCUUACAUCUAAAGAUACUCGGGAAAAAGGAGAAUUAUCUUUACAUUCAUCACGAGAUAGAUCAAGAAGAUCACGGAGUAGGGAUCGUGACAGAGACAGAGGUAAAAGGUCAUCUUCAUGUUCACCUAAGACACGUAAGCGUGCAUCAGAUAGAUCAGGAAGAUCACGGAGUAGGGAUCGUGACAGAGACAGAGGUAAAAGGUCAUCUUCACGUUCACCUAAGACACGUAAGCGUGCAUCAGAUAGAUCAGGAAGAUCACGGAGUAGGGAUCGUGACAGAGACAGAGGUAAAAGGUCAUCUUCACGUUCACCUAAGACACAUAAGCAUGCAUCAAUAGAUACUCUGGAUCAAGGAGAAUUAUCUUUACAUUUAUCACGAGACAGAUCAGGUAGAUCGCGGAGUAGGGAUCGUGACAAAGACAGAGGUAAAAGGUCUCCUUCGCAUUCACCUAAGACACAUAAGCAUACACCUAUAGAUAUUCGAGAACAAGAAGCAUCACUACAUUCAUCAAGAGACAGAUCAGGAAGAUCACAGUCUGAUGUUGACAGGAAUAGGAUGUUAAGUAAUGGUUCCAGUAGUCACUACGGGCAAAAUGCUGGAUCUUCCAGUGGGCUCGGUGGUUAUUCUCCUAGAAAGAGGAAAACUGAUACUGCUGCUAAAACUCCUUCUCCUACUCGUCGCUCUCCAGAGAGGAGAACUGCUGGGUGGGAUCUCCCACCUGUUGGAAAAGAAAGCAACAAUUACCUUUUUCCUAAUUCCCUGUCUUCAGGCCAAAUGGUAUCAUCGAACAAAACUGAGUUACCCAGUGUUACUCCAGUGGCUCCAAAGGUGGUGAAGCCGGAUAGUGUUUCUUUCCAUGCUUCACAGAUUCAUGUCGUUGAAUCCAUCCAACUGACUCAAGCAACCCGACCUAUGAGAAGGCUCUAUGUAGAAAACUUGUCUGCUUCAGCUUCUGAGAAAGCUUUAAUGGAAUGUGUUAAUAACUUCCUACUAUCUUCGGGCGUCUACCACAUUCAAGGAACCCAUCCUUGUAUCAGCUGUAUAAUACACAAGGAGAAGGGCCAAGCUCUUUUGGAAUUUUUAACUCCUCAGGAUGCUUCAGCUGCUCUCUCUUUUGAUGGAAAAUCCUUUGAUGGGAGUGUUCUUAAACUCAGACGCCCCAAAGACUACAGUGAAGUAACUACUCAUGAUUCUGACAAAUCAGUUGGUGCAGUUGAUUCAAUUAGUGGUACCGUAGAAGAUUCACCCCACAAGUGGUUGCAGAUCUUUAUUGGUGGAAUUUCAAAACUUAUUUCUUCUGAAAUGCUUUUGGAGAUUGCUGGAGUCUUUGGACCUGUGAAAGCAUACCACUUUGAGUUUAUUGUGGAUGUUGAUGAACAAUGUGCAUUUAUUGAGUAUGUUGACCAUUCAGUUACUCCCAAGGCAUGUGCCGGACUUAAUGGUAUGAGUUUGGGUGGAAAAAUUUUAACUGCAGUUCAAGCAACUCCGGAUCCCUUGAUAUUUGAAACUGUUGGAAAACCACCAUUUUAUGGGAUCCCCGAGCAUGCAAAGCCACUGCUUGAGAAGCCCACAAAAGUUCUGAAGCUGAAAAAUGUGUUGGAUUCUGAGGGGCUCUUGUCAUUGUCGGAAUCAGAACAGGAAGAAAUAUUAGAGGAUAUAAGGCUAGAGUGCGCCAGAUUUGGUACUGUUAAAUCUGUUAACAUUGUGAAGCCCACAAAGUCUCUCACUUUCACUACAACUGAAGCAUCUGAAGUAAUGAACACAAAACCUACAAUAGAUGAUCACAUGGAGUUUGAUACGAAGAUCAAUAGUAGAGAAAUACUCGGAGAAAGUAUUAGUGAUGAAUUAUCUGAGCUUAACAGAUCAGAGCCUACAAGCGUUCCUCAAGAUUCUGAAGACACUGUUCAAGCUGCUGUUGAAGGUAACAAAGAAGAUGAAGAUAAUCCAUCAAACAAUUCUGGAGAACCUGAGGACAAAAAUGAAUCUGUGAUGGUUGAUAACAACCAUUCUGAUGAUAAAUUUGCUGGUAAUUCAUCUACUAAUGAUCGAGAUAUGGCAGUUCAAGAUCCAACGUGUGAAAAAAAUUCCAGUGGCUUUACUGGUGAAUUCACCGACCAACAGAAUAAUUCGACUGAGAAGUCAAAAAGCAGUGAUAACAUUGCUUAUUUUUUGCCUGCUGGGGUUCUUGAGACGGAAAAUAAGCCAUUUAUUACAGAAGAGUUGAAAUUACAGGAAGAUAGUGCGGAGAUGGGCAGUGCAUUCAAAUUGGACUGCGAUGAGGGUAAAGAGUUGGAUGCUUCUGAGAGAGGUGACAAGGAGACGAUAAUUGACCUUGAUGAUAUAUUUGAGCCCGGCUCUGUUUUCGUGGAGUAUAAAAGGGCUGAAGCUUCUUGUAUAGCUGCACAUUGCUUACACGGACGACAAUUUGAUGGGCGGGCUGUGACAGUGGGAUAUGUUGCUCAUGAUCUUUAUCAGAUUAGGUUUUGCAGGUGAGCGAAAUUCGUUGUUAACAUGUAAUCCAGAUGUUUAUGGCUACGAAGUUUUUCAUUCCGUAUAAAUGACAACUGAAAUUUGAAAGCUUA